CCGCAGGACUUUAUUGCCAGCAAUCAUAUUCUAUAUAUUUUCCUCAAAUUUAUUUAAUGACUGUGCAAACAAUUUCAGGAUUCAUCGCAAAUAUAUGCAUGAAUAUGUUGUUCAUGCCCGUUCAAGAGAUCCUUGCUAAUGACUACCCAUGGUUUUUGAGAAAUAUAUGUGUAAACACGGCUCUUUUCUUAGUUACUUAUCAAGGUCAUGCCUUAGGAUUUCUCGUAUUCUUAGGGUAUAUUCGAGAAACAAAGUAUUGGACUCCAUACAACAUUUCAACGGGAAUACAAGCAGUCAUGGUAUCUAUUGAAUUCACUAUACUCUCAUUAAUACAAAUGAAAGCAUUUCGUUACAAAGAUUACCGUCCGGAUUCUCGUGAACCAACCCUAAUUUUAGAAUCCAUGAAAGAUUCAUUAAUUCCCAUUGAUCUGUAUCGCGACUUUGUUCACGCAAUUCGAUAUAUCUAUAAUCGAGCAUUGAGAAGACCAACCACAUCAGAUCUUUGGCCUAAUGAUAGACCAACUGUUGAACCAACACCUCCUCCAAAACCGACUUUCUUUGAUCGAUUGUCGAAUCUAUUCAUGAGACCUUUGUAUAGGCCGCAAGAAAAUGCUCCUAUACAACCUCAGAAACCACCAACACCGGUUCGUAAGAUUAAAAUUGGGAAUAUGGAAGUCUCAUGGAAGAAAAAACAAAGCAAUAAGACUAAUGAUAAUAAAGU